AAAGUUUCUAAAACUUCAGCGUGGUGUCGAAUGUUUUUCUUGGAAAAUUUUUAAUAAGUUUUUAAGUGAAUUUUCAUUAAAUUAUGUCGGGAUUCAGUGGGGCUCUUCAGCUAACGGACUUGGAUGACUUCAUUACACCAUCCCAGGAAUGCAUAAAACCCGUGCAGAUUGAGAGCAAAAAAAGCCAGACGGGAUCCAAGAUUAAGAUCCAGGAGGACGGAGCUUACUACGUUGACUCAGAUGUUGGGCUGCAGAAGCUCCAGAAGGUGGAGAUCACCCUGUCAGACUGCCUUGCCUGCUCAGGAUGCAUAACAUCGGCUGAGAGUGUUUUGAUUACGCAGCAGAGCCAGGAAGAACUUCUCCGGGUUCUUAGUGAGAAUGAGGAGAAGAGGAAUAGUGGUCAGGACACGAAACUUAUCGUCUUCACUGUGUCCCAGCAGCCAAUCCUCUCACUCGCAAAGAAGUACGAUCUCUCCGUGAAGGAGUGUACUUUGCACCUUGCUGGGUACUUCAAAUCCCUGGGCGGUGAUAUGGUCCUCAGUACAAAAGUAGCUGAUGAUUUGUCGCUAAUUGAGUGUCGGGAUGAAUUCCUGGCGAGAUAUUUAGCACAAAAGGCGGGAGAGAAGCAAAACAACCUUCCAAUGUUGUCCUCCUCCUGUCCCGGAUGGGUUUGCUAUGCUGAAAAGACUCAUGGAAACUUUAUUCUUCCCUACAUCUCAACCACGAGGUCCCCGCAGCAAAUUAUGGGAGUUCUCGUGAAGGAGGGCAUCGCGGAGAAGACAAAAACUCCAAGAGAUAGAAUCUAUCACGUAUCUGUGAUGCCCUGCUACGAUAAGAAACUCGAAGCUUCGCGGGAAGAUUUCUUCGAUGAAGUGUCCAAUUCCAGGGAUGUUGAUUGUGUGAUCACUUCCAUUGAAAUUGAACAAAUGCUCCAGAAAGAUGGAAAACAUCUGGGAGAUUUCGACAGCAAACCCUUCGAUUGGCCAUGGCCCGUAGCAGAACCUCACACACCAAUCUGGGCGAAUGAAACUUCCGGAUCUGGUGGGUACUGUGAGCACAUCUUCAAGUACGCCGUGAAGCAGAUCUUCAAUGAACCCCUCGAGAAGUUGGAAUUCAAGAGCCUAAGAAAUCCCGACUUCCGGGAGAUAUCAUUUGAGCACGGUGGGGAAACUCUGCGCUUUGCAAUAGCCAAUGGCUUUAGGAAUAUCCAGAAUUUAGUCCAGAAGCUGAAGCGUGGCAAAUCCAUUUAUCAUUUCGUGGAGAUCAUGGCCUGUCCAUCGGGAUGCCUCAAUGGUGGAGCUCAGGUACGUCCGGAACAGGGUGUUUCCACGCGUGAGCUGUGCGGGAGUCUCGAAAGGCUCUACGGGGAGCUUCCUCAGUCAGACCCUGAUGAUUUUGAGGCACAACGGAAGAUGUACAACACCUUCUUUGGGGGCUAUCAGAGCGACAGAGCAUCCGUGCAGCUUCACACAAAGUAUCAUGCUGUGGAGAAGAUGAACACAGCGCUCAAUAUAAAAUGGUAGAGAGCAGCAAUUUAAUUCAGGAGGGAUGCAGAGAAUUGAGAGAGUAAUAAAAGGUGAUCGUAAA